AUGCGAGGUCAGCGAGCUGCCAAAUUCGCCGAAUACACCGCAACAUACGCAAUUCUGAAGCGCCUUGGGCUGCAUGACACGGUGCUGAUUGAAAAACGUGACGCGUCUGUGGGGUAUGGGGUUUUUGUAAAGGAUGCGUGCGAUGCGGGUACCCCGCUGCUGGUGGUUCCCUCGCGACGUGCUUGUGCCGUGACGACCCUAGAGAAACUGGGAGCUAAUUUGCGGAUGGUUGAGACGGGUGCACUACUGAAACUUCACCGCCUGAACGACGGCGCGUUAUCGAGAAUACUGGGUUGCAGUGCAAGCCAAUGGGCGAAGCUUGCAUGGCAUCUUGCGAUUGAGCGUCAGCGGGCUUUUUCGCCUUGGUGGGGAUGGCUAAGCGUCUUGCCGAGUUCUCCAUCGUUUAAUACAAUGGAGGAAAAUAGCGAGCGCCUAUGCCGACUUCAUUACACGGCACUCCUGCCCUACCUGACGGAUGUCCGACGCAGAAUUAAAGAUGAGGUAAAGACUGCGCAUGCGAUAUUUGCUGAAGAAAACGUGGUACCCUCACUUUCUUACUUUAGUGGGGCGGUGGACGUCGUGUUGUCGAGAGCUCAACAUUUGCCUUUAUGCUGGACCACGGCACCAGGUGACUCUGUAGAGAUGGGGAUUUUGCCUUUCGUUGACCUCAUCAACGGGGACGAUGGCGUUGACAGGCGACGGAAUGCUGUGGUGGAGGUGGCAUUCACUGUGGAGGAAUUGCCUAGCUGGUAUCGCGCAUGGUUCGUGCAGGAGUCGGAGCGAGGGGGUAUCGAUGGUGAGAGGGAGCUCCAGCGCUUGAUGGAGGAGCACUUCUUUGCCGUGGUCGUUCUGGAGCGCGGUUUGCUUGCCGCGGAGGAGGUGAUCCUCGAUUACGAGCUUCAGCCUUGGGUCACGGGCUCGCUGAGCCCCACGGAGGAACUGUUGCUGGGGAGACUCUUGAGAUACUUCUUUUAA